UCUUUGGCGUUUUUCAGAACGCAGUAGAGCAAAAACUCCUACGUGUAAAUAGAUUAGAUUAUAACUAUUAGUUAAUUAAAUAAAACGUAUACGCUGGAAAGCGAUAAGUAUGCUCACCGGUUGCGGUAUCAAGAUUUUUUAACUGUAAUCGAAGUAUUGGCAAAUUUCAUAAGCCGAAAAUGAGGCAUACUGCCACGAGUCUUGCAUUGCUGUGCUUAUUCUGUGCACAACUUGCUACCAGUGAGAAUCAUGUUCAUGAUAUAGAUGCCAACGAUACCCCACCUAAACCUGCUUAUAAGAGUCCUGAACCAAGUGGUUCUGUCUAUCUUGCUGAAAAUUUUGACGAUGAUAAGCUGUUUAAACAAAAAUGGAUAUUAUCUGAAGCCAAGAAAGAAGAUAUUGACGAAGAUAUUGCAAAAUAUGAUGGAAUUUGGAUAAUCGAAGAACCUAAACAUAGUAUUCAAGAGGGAGAUCUAGGACUUGUGCUAAAGAGCAAGGCCCGUCAUGCUGCCAUAUCAGUCCCUUUGGAAAAACCAUUUGUCUUUCAAGAUAAACCAUUGAUUGUGCAAUAUGAAGUGAAUUUCCAGGAAGGUCAGGAAUGUGGUGGGGCAUACCUUAAGCUCCUUUCAUUGGAUAACAAACAUGCAGAUCUGAAGAAGUUCCAUGAUAAAACACCAUAUUCUAUCAUGUUUGGACCGGAUAAAUGUGGAAAUGAUCAUAAGCUUCACUUUAUAUUCCGUCAUAAGAAUCCCUUGAAUGGCUCCAUCGAGGAGAAACACUGUAAAAAGCCGAAAGACCGCUUGGAGGAAGUUUUUAAGGAUAAACAGCCUCAUCUGUAUACACUGACUCUCCGCCCUGACAAUACUUUUGAAGUAAAAGUUGAUGGCAAGACUGUGAAUGAGGGAUCACUUCUUGAUGAUUUUACACCACCAGUAAAUCCUCCACUUGAGAUAGAGGAUCCGAAUGACAAGCAGCCUUCUGACUGGGAUAAUCGUGAAAAAAUUCCCGAUCCACUUGCGACCAAGCCAGAAGACUGGGACGAGGAUGCUCCAGUGCAAAUAGUAGACGAGGAGGAUGUGAUGCCUGAUGGAUGGCUUGAGGAUGAACCUGCGAUGAUCCCGAACCCGGAUGCUGUGAAACCAGAUGAUUGGGACCUUGAUAUGGAUGGGGAAUGGGAAGCUCCAGAAAUUACCAAUCCAAAGUGUGCAGACGCCCCUGGCUGUGGACCAUACAAACAAAGGCUGAAGAAAAAUCCUAGAUACAAAGGCAAAUGGCUUCCUCCUCUUAUUAACAAUCCAAACUACAAAGGAAAAUGGAAGCCUAGACUUAUUCAUAACCCUGAUUACUUCAACGACGAGCAUCCAUUCCGAAUGGCAUCGAUAUCUGCUGUUGGAUUCGAGCUGUGGUCAAUGUCUCCAGAUAUUCUUUUUGACAAUCUAAUUGUGACGGACAGCGAAGAAGUAGCAAGGAAAUGGGCCGAUGAUAGUUUCGAAAUUCGGCGAGUCAAAAUCGCUGAGGAAAAUUGGAGCCUAUGGCGCCAAAUUGGUAACUUCACUACAGAACAUCCUUGGAUAUGGAUCGUGUACAUUUUAGUAGCUGGAAUUCCUGUAAUAUUGCUAGUUUAUUGCUGCUGUAUCUCAGAACAGGAAAAAGAUCCGAAGAAGAAUGAGGAUAAGGAACCGUUGCAAGGAGACGAUCUUAACGAAGAAGAGGAUCAGCCUCAAGAGAAUGAAGAACCUGAAGACCCAGGCGAACAGGUAGAGUCCGACGAGAACGUUGAAACUGGCGAAACGAGCGAAACAGGAGAGAUCACAGAUAGUGAAAAAGAUAAGCCGCAAGCAGGCGGCGACGGUCCUCGUCGAAGGAAACCUAAUAAGGAAUAAAGUGCCCUGGAGUGGAUGCCCAGCUGGGACAAUAGUCAUACGAGGAAUUCGAGUUCCAAGCAAGGAUCUCCUGGCUGGAUGAUCCACCGAGCAAUUCACAUUCCGCAACUCGCCUCGAUACGAAUAAGGUUUCGUAUCGGAUUGCGGUUUUACCGUACCGUUAGUUUGUUAGUUGAAAUUAUGUGUGCGUGUACCAUUGGACUUCACGAAAUGUCUCGAUUUUCUGCUGUACUUCGGCAUAAGAAUUCCUUGCCCCUUUAUAAAGUGAAUUCUCCUUGUAGUUGCAACUGCAAGGAUUCGUGCAGGGAAACGUCGACCGAAUCGCUUCAAUGCUUUUCGAGAUACGAUAAAGAAUAGCUAGUGUGUACAUAAGAAAUCGCAAGGAUUUCGCGAGACAAUUUACGUACACGUUAAUGCAUUUGAUAUAUCUGUUCGUAAUUUAAUUAAUUAAUUGACUACGCUGUUUGACACUUCUCUCGUUUCCACGUCGCGAUCAUCGAUACACUAUUUCUAUAACACUUGUCAUUAAGAAGGGUUUUUGAGAUUUUCGAGUCAUUUCAGCAUACUCUAAGUUUUCUCGAAACCCUAAAUAUUUGUUUGUUAAAAAUGUCUGUGUUCAUUUUCAAUCUCAAUACAGUGGAUAACUUAAAAAUUAUUAGAAAUACUAUCCAGCCUAUAGUGAAAUUUGACAUAGUAUUACUUUACAUAAUUGUGAGACUUUAAUAAAAUUAAGCUUCACGAAACUUCAUAAAAAUGUGUGAAACUUGAAGAAACCUUCGUACAUAAUUAGCAUGAAUUAUCCAUACAGAGCAAAUAGGGACCAAUUUGCAUUUAUCUUUGUUUACGAUUAUUUAGUAUUCUAUCAAGUUAUACUGAAAUUAUUAAAGACAAUAUCGUUGCUCCUAGAAAAUCGAAUAUAGAAGAUCGAGCCGAGGGAAAUAAACACGUGUUAUUAAUUCUAUCUCGAUAUCCUAAUACCGUCGACUAAUUUAAUCAACUAGUCAAUUCUAUCGUAUAUCUAUACUCAAUCUUAAGAUUUAAUAACAGAUAAAUUUACUUUAUUGUUUAUCUCGUUGCUCGAUUUCCUGACUCGUGAGAAAGAUAAAUCAUUUAUGAAAUCUAACAUUGCUGAACGAUUGUGACACCCUCGCGAGAUUCUUGUGCAUAAAUUUUCCACGGCAGCACUAAUUAGCGCCAAUUAAUUGAUAUUAAUUAUUAGUGAAGGUAUUUAAAGGCUGCAGUCACCCUCUAAUGAGAUGUACGUAUUUCGCACAGUUCUAUUCUACAGAUUCUGUAAAUACGGUAAAUUAAUAAAACAAUGGCAAUGUUCGAAAAUAA